GUACCUCUAAUUUACCAAGAAAGAAAGGAGCAGAAGAAAUAAAGAACUGGUGGCUGCAGUUGCAACUGGAGUUGGGAGCAGAAAGAGGAGAAGACAAAAAUGGAUAUUCAGCUACGAUUCCAGACCGGAAUGAUUUCACAUAAUCUGGGGUGGAACUGGAGAUACCAGAAACCUCAAGCACCCCCUUGUUCUCCCACAAGGAACUCCCAGCAAUCACCUCCUCCUCAAAACGGUGACAACAACAACAAUGGUGACAAGUCCUCAACAGACUGGGACAAAGCCUGGUCAAGCUUCAAGAAGCAAGGAAAAAAGAGCAUCUUCUCCCAGUUUUCUCCAAACAAGUAUGUGACUUGGAACCCUCGACGUUCAAACUACCCCUUGUCCGAGGAGGUCGAUCCUAUCAAGAGAACAGAGAGAUCAAACCUUAUGCUGUGGACAAGCCCAAAGUUCACUUUAGUGCUGGCAAUUAUUAUUGUUUCUCUCCUCCUUUUGUAUACAAUCCUUGCCCCAAUGAAAUGACUUGACUGAAAUAUUUGCAAAAGCUACGAUGAAGCAAAUAUGUAUUAUAGAUCUCUCAAUUUGUUAUAAUGCAAAGUUUCAGGUAUA